GCAGGAGGAGGAGCCAAAGAGGAAAGACGUCUCCAGACCUGGCAACACACGUUAUGACAGGCCGAAGUGAAGGAGAAGUUGACUUUUCACAGUAGUAAACUUGGAUCAUGGAGGAAUAAGGAACAUGCCAUCAUAAAGUGGAGCCGGAGGGGAUGAAAAAAGGAGAAUAGAGGGGAUAGAGAUGGCACAGCAAGAGGAACCUCUGUAUGAUUUCCCGGAGCCCACCCAGCCAUCAGCGCGCAAGUUCGUGGGGCAUCAAAGGGAACGUGGGUCUCUGAGAAGCAUCAGCGUACUGGACCGCCUCCUGCUCACAGUUCCUGUCUGGCUUCAGCUGUCAAUCAACCCAGCCACUGCACUGCACAUACUGCAGAGGGAGCCUCCUGGGACAUUCCUGGUGCGAAAAUCUCGCACAUCCCAGAGAAACGUGCUGUGUGUCCGUUUGGCAGAUGACAGCGUGCCAUCCUUCGUUCAGCAGUUUGGCAUCAGGGAGGAACACAGCAGUAAGGCUCUGUCUCUGGAGACUUCAGCCAUCAGCUUCCCAGAUCUCCCAAGACUAAUUUCCUUCUACUGUGUCAGCAGAGAUGUAUUACCGUUCCCUCUGGAGCUUCCCGAAGCCAUUGCGAAGGCAACAUCCCACAAAGAACUUGAGUCCAUCUCGCACAUGGGAGUAGAAUUUUGGAGUUCCCACCUAAAUGUUCGUGGGCCACGAGAGCCACCUAAGCCCCAGAAGGACAAGGAGAAGAACCCAGACACUGUAACCUCAGCCCCGCCCGCCGCUCCUCUACAGACGGGCCCUGAAUCAGCUCCCCAGCCAGACUCGGACUCCCAGCCCAAGACAAUACCUGAAUCAAACACUACUACCAAACAAUCAGGCUCUAACCCCACUCUGUUCCAUGAGUUUUGUCCAAUCACGACGCGCAGCCCCAGAGAGCUGGACUGCGGCUCCGGCCUGGGCGCUCUCUGUUUCAUCAACCCCCUUUUCCUGCAGUCUCAGAACACUUUGUCCAGACGCCGCAUGUUCAAACGCAGCCUCAAGGUCCGGGUUUCCACAGAGACAUCGACCCUGUUGUCACCCCCUCUUGCUCCGCCACCUCCACCGCCUCUAAUGCCCAAAACUAAGGGGAAAUGUAAAGUCCAGAAACAGGGACACAGACCGGCCCAACCCAGUAAAGGCCCAGACCUUUUACAGGGUGAGAGCCCAGGUCAAGCCACUCCCACAGUGAGUGAUCCCACAGCUCAGGACUCUCUGGAGCCUUUGGCCUCCUUCAGUGAGGCCCAAGAGCCACCUCCAGCCACAACUCCUCACUCCCAGCUUGAGAUGCAGGAGCAGGGCCAAACACAGAUAGAACCAGGCCAAAUGCGAGCCGGAGUCGAGGGAGCGGAGGCUACAGCUCAGCCACCAACAGCAAUGGUGCAUCUCCCAGAUGAUUCAGACUACAUGCAGCCCUCUCUGAUCAACUGCUCCCAUUAUCCCUCACUCUCUCCUUACCUCUCCCCAGCUGUUUCUCCCAUGGCGCCUCCCCUUUUCCCCAAGGUGUCUCGGUCCCUCUCUCCUCACAGCUCUCCCUGCGCUUCUCCCUCUCUCUCCCCUUAUCAGUCCCCAUCUGUUUCUCCCAAGGUCCCCUUUUCCCACUCUCCACAAGACUCACUGAGUGCUUCGCCCUCUCUUUCACCUUGCCAGUCCCCAUCUCCCUCUUCAAAUGUCCCCUUCUCGCUUUCUCCCUUCACCUCUUCACCCCUCUCUCAGCAGGACGAGCAGGCUUAUCACACACCUGCUACCCCUUCAAGACCAGAUCAGCAGAGAUCAGAGAGAGACGCAGAGGAGGAGGGAGCAGGUGCAGAUGAAAAUGAGGAUGAGGACAGUGGAACAAAUGAGGAGCUGCACGAAAAGGGGGAAGAGGAAGAAGAGGAAAAGGGUCUGAUUUUACAGAUGAAUGCUGCUUCUCUUAAUGACACAGACAGCUGCAGUUCCUUCAGCAGUCUUGAGGGGGCACUAGAGACUCCACCUCACUUACCCCACCAACUGGACAACAGUACGAGCCUUUAGCGAAGAAAAACAUAUAAGACUGUCACUGAAUUGCAUAAUGUGAUAUCGUGAAGCACUGUGUAGAGUUGGUGUAGCUACGUUGAUGGGAAUGUUUUUCAGUACAAAAUCAACAUUUCCAAGCCCAUGCUGGUUUCUCAUGUUUUAACUACACCCUGUGCACACUCUCUUUCAUGCUCUAUUGACAGCCAAUUUUUCAAGCAUUCAAUAAAUAUUUUGUCAGAUUUUGUACCUAGGGUUUUCUGAAGGACUUGUAACUCUCUUGAUAGGUAGUCCAUCACAGUUAAUCCUUAGCUACCUUUAUUUAUUUGCAUCAAAGGUAAAAAUAGAAAUAUACAGUAAUAUUUGGUUGGCUACCAAUUGUAACUAAGGCAUUUUUUCUUCUGAAAAUCGAAACAGAACAACAGCUGUAAAACAAUGGAUAAAUAUGAGGAUGAUGUGAAUGUUCAGCACCAGAUGUCAAAGGUACGCAAGAGUGUCUUGCAGCAAUGUGAAUGGGUUGGAGUAGACACAUGGCUUUUUUCUUUUG